AUGAAAGACCAAGGUCUCCAGCGAUCACCAUAUGCACCGAGGUACUACACAAGCCUUCCAUGCAGGGUACUGAAUUUUUCACCCAGCCGUGAUGAGCAUCUAUCCAGCCAGACCAAGAGAAGUAAGAAGAAGGCACAGAACCCGGCCAGCUUGACCCCUGAAUUCAUCGCCGAGCAGCGGAGGUUGAAGAAGGAGGCGCAGGAGGCCAAGAGACAGGAGUUGAUUGCACAGGGGAUCGAUCCGGACCAAGUUAAUAUUCCGGCGGAGCUUCGUUUCAUCAAGAGGCCAAUGCUCUCUGUCCCAGGGUGUGUGAAAGAACAGAGAGCCGUUCUGGAGGGUGUCCCGGAGAAACUCCCUAUAACCAUCAUGACAUACAACCUCUUGGCGCAAGCGCUCAUCAGACGGAAGUUGUUCCCGACUUCUGGCGACGCCUUGAAGUGGUCUCGCCGAUCCCGGGUGUUGCUCGCGGAGUUCAAACAAUACAAAUCCGACAUUUUGCUCCUCCAGGAGGUUGACUUUGUGCAAUACAAGUCUUUUUGGAAGGAUGAAUUUGAAAAAAUGGGCUACGCCCUGGCGUACCACCGCGCUGGGGCCAAGAACCACGGGGUGGCGAUUGUGUGGCAAAAGCACUUGUUCGAGAUGAAAAAUCAGUGCUUUAUCGACUACGACCGCACCGACACGGGCGAUGUUUUGCCUCGCACCAUAACACGAAAUGUGGGGCUCAUCGCUGCCUUGGAGUUUACUCCACAGUUGAAAAAGAAGUAUCCGAACACCACCCGGUCGGGGAUUCUCAUCGGAACCACCCACCUUUUCUGGCACCCGUUCGGCACGUAUGAAAGAGCCAGACAGACAUAUAUUAUUCUCGCCAAGUUCAAGGAGUUUGCCCAUACCAUGAGCGUGGUGCAUAACAAGGGAGCGCCUGGGAAGUGGUUCCAGUUCUUUGGCGGCGACUUCAACUCCCAGCCGUUCGAUGCGCCGUAUUUGUCAAUCACCAGAAAGCCAGUCGUCUAUGAUGAAAGGUGCAGGCGCGUCGUAGAGUGCUCGACAUCUUACAUAUAUUCCAAAAAUAGGGGAGCGGUAGAGAAUGAGAAUAGCAAUGGUGAUGAGGACGAAGAGAACGAGGAAGAGCCUGGCGGAAACGUUGAAAAGUUUGGAGACCAGCCAAAGGACCCGGUUCCGGAGUCGUUCACUCCUACACCCGAACAAUCGUUGCUUGUCCAGCAGAUCACCGACUUGCACAACGCCUUGGACAUGAGGGUCAUCUCGUUGUAUUCCAUUGGGUACAAGAGCACGCACCCGGAAAAUUCUGGGACCGACAAUGACCGGAAUGAGCCUGCGUUCUCCAACUGGGCCCACGCGUGGAGAGGCUUGCUAGAUUACAUUUUUGUCGUGACUGCGUGGGACGUCACCAGCGACUGUCGCCAGGUUGAUUCGGUGGAGGACGUUUCUCGGACCACGGGCGUGGAGUUGCGAAAGUUGUUGAGGAUGCCCGAGCCGGCAGAGAUGGGUGAAGAGCCGAGUGGCCAGCCUAGGGCCGGGAUGUACGGGAGUGACCAUUUGUGUAUGAUUGCCGAGGUAGACUUGGACAUGGGGGGCUAG